GUUCCUACAGUAUAGAAAUGGAGCUGAAGAUUUUACGUACGAUAAAAGACAAGAUCAUAAAAUGUACAAGAAAGCUUUGGACGUGUUAUUAUUAUCUAAAGAUCAUAGUUACGCUCAACAAGCUCAGGCUUGUCUUUCUUGGUUUGAA